AUGGUUUCCAGGCUUCCGACGGCCUGGUCCUGUGAACCAGUGACCUUCGAAGAUGUAACACUCGGUUUUGCCCCAGAGGAGUGGGGACUGCUGGACCUCAAACAGAAGACCCUGUACAGGGAAGUGAUUUUGGAGAACUACAGGAACCUGGUCUCAGUGGAACAUCAGCUUUCCAAGCCAGAUGUGGUAUCUCAGUUAGAGGAGACGGAAGAGUUCUGGCUGACGGAGAGAGGAAUUCUUCAAGACACUUUUCCAGAAUGUCUUGGGACUCAGCUGGAACCUCAAUUGGAUCCUCUUCCAGCUGAGAAUCCCCUGAUGAAGAUCAAGGUUGUUGAGGUCCUCACACUGAACCAGGAGGUGGCUGGUCCUCGGAAUGCCCAGAUCGAGGCCCUUUAUGCUGAAGGUGGGGGCAUGAGUCCAGACAUCCUUGGAGAACCAACCCAACAGCUGGACAAGUAUACGGUUGAUCCUGAGGCUGCUCACCAGAGAUUCCGGCAGUUCCGUUAUGAGGAGACGAUGAGUCCCCAGGAGGCCUUGGCCCAACUUCGAGAGCUGUGUCAUCAGUGGCUACAGCCCGAGGCUCACUCCAAGGAGCAGAUCCUGGAGCUGCUGGUGCUGGAGCAGUUCCUGAGUGGACUGCCUGGGAAGCUCCGGACAUGGGUGGAGUCGCAGCACCCAGAGGACUGCCAGAAGGCAGUGGCCCUGGUGGAGGAUGUGACCUGGAUAUCUGAGGAGGAAGUGCUGCCUGCUCAGGGCCCCGAGGUUACUGCUCAGCAAGAGGAGAAGGAGGAGGAUGCAGCCAUCUGUCCAGUGGUGGUGCUGCCUGAGGAGCCAGUGACCUUCCAGGAUGUGGCCGUGGACUUCACCCGGGAGGAGUGGGGGCUGCUGGGCCCAACAGAGAGGAGUGAGUACCACGACGUGAUGCUGGAGACCUUCGGGCACCUGGUAUCUGUGGGGUGGGAGACUACACUGGAAACUGCAAAGUCUGACAUUCCAGAGGAAGAACCAGCCCACAGCCUGAAAGAGCAAGAAUUCUCAAGGGAUUGUACCCAGUCCUCCACCUCCAACAAUGUCUUGCAGGGUGGGGUCCCAGAAGUCCCAGAUACAACAUUGAAAGAAGUCAGGUUUGCUCAGGAAAAAAUCCUCCCUCAGAAGGAACACUGUGAAAACCCUGAAUCCCAGGCAAACACUGGUCUAGACACAAGGCAAGUUUUGCUCCAGAAAGUUCCUUCUAGAAAACGUUUGAGCAAACGUGGUUCACGGGUUAAAAACAUGACACAUAAUUCACAUGCAAAAAUUCAUCAGAAGAGCUGUGAAAGGGAAAAGGCCAGGGAGAAGAAUGGUUAUAGGAAAACCUUCGGUCGGAGUGCUCAUCAGAUUACAUUCAUAAGAAUUCACAAGGGGAGCCAAGCUUGCCGAUGCAGUGAAUGUGGUAAAAUGUUCCGGAACCCAAGAUACUUUUCUGUACAUAAAAAAAUCCACACAGGAGAGAAGCCUUAUGUAUGUCAGAACUGUGGGAAAGCAUUUGUUCAGAGCUCUUCCCUCACUCAGCAUCUAAGAGUUCACAGUGGAGAGAGACCCUUUGAAUGUAGAGUGUGUGGGAGAACCUUCAAUGAUCGCUCAGCCAUCUCCCAGCACCUAAGGACUCACACUGGAGCUAAGCCCUACCAGUGUCAGGACUGCGGAAAAGCCUUCCGCCAGAGCUCCCACCUCAUCAGGCAUCAGAGAACUCACACUGGGGAGCGCCCAUACAUGUGCAACAAAUGCGGAAAGGCCUUCACCCAAAGCUCACACCUUAUCGGGCAUCAGAGAACACAUAGUGGGACGAAGCGCAUGAAGAAACACCCAACCUCUUAGCCCUCAAGCCAGCUGAAGAAAUACUGCGUUUUCAACUUGAUCCUGCAGAGUAACGUGCAUUGGCCUGGUUGGGAUUUGGGACUGAAUGUGGAAGGGAAGCAUUAAGUGAGGAUGUUCCUGAAGCCAAAGGACAAACGGAGACUGCCCAGCACUUAAUGAGUAAGUAAAACUUGUUAGGAGUAGUUGUUAAUGAAUACAAGAGGUCUUCAGCAAGUCCCUGGAAAAUGCGUAUUAUGAAAAAACUGCAUGGAUUGCAAAAUUCCUUUGCACCAAAAUAAA